AACUGGGUGUCGUCCCGCACUUCCGGUGCCCAGCUUCCGGCUCCGGGUCUGGGCCUGGGGCAGAGGCGGAGCCACCUCCCGCCGCGACUUUCAGACUCGCACCAUGGCUAUGCGCUGGUCGUGUUGGCGACGCGGCUGCCCCUGGAGGCCAGCGGCGGUCGGGAGCUCGCGGCCGGGACGUCCUGGCUGUGCGGGGCCGCUCGGGACGCGCGCUACCUCGGACACCCGCGCGCAGAUACCCUAUUUUAGUCUUAUGAAGAUUUUAACGUCUGCCUCCCCAAAUAUGCAUAGUAUAUCACAGGUUCAUCACAGGACACCAGCAAUGUGCUGUUGUAGUCAGACUCAGAGUGGUGAGAAGUACAGUGAUCCUUUUAAACUUGGCUGGAGAGACUUAAAAGGUCUGUAUGAAGACAUUAGAAAGGAGCUGCACAUCUCCACCAGAGAAUUGAAGGACAUGUCUGAAUACUACUUCGAUGGCAAAGGAAAAGCCUUUAGACCGAUUAUUGUGGUGCUAAUGGCCCGAGCCUGUAAUAUUCAUCAUAAUAACUCCCGAGAUAUGCAAGCCAGCCAGCGCUCCGUAGCCUUAGUUGCAGAAAUGAUCCAUACUGCCACUCUGGUUCAUGACGACGUUAUUGACGAUGCAAGUUCUCGAAGAGGAAAACAUACAGUUAAUAAAAUCUGGGGUGAGCAAAAGGCUGUUCUUGCUGGAGAUUUAAUUCUUUCUGCGGCAUCUAUAGCUCUGGCACGGAUUGGAAACACUGCUGUUGUAUCUAUGUUAGCCCAAGUUAUUGAAGAUUUGGUACGUGGUGAAUUUCUUCAGCUAGGGUCGAAAGAAAAUGAGAACGAAAGGUUUGCCCACUACCUUGAAAAGACCUUCAAGAAGACGGCCAGCCUGAUAGCCAACAGUUGUAAAGCAGUCUCUGUCCUGGGUUGCCCUGACCCAGUGGUGCAUGAGAUUGCCUAUCAGUAUGGGAAAAACGUCGGAAUAGCUUUUCAGCUCAUAGAUGAUGUACUGGAUUUCACCUCAUGUUCUGACCAGAUGGGCAAACCAACAUCUGCAGACCUGAAGCUAGGCAUAGCCACCGGCCCUGUUUUAUUUGCUUGCCAACAGUUUCCAGAAAUGAAUGCUAUGAUAAUGAGACGGUUCAGUUUGCCAGGAGAUGUGGACAGAGCACGGCAGUAUGUAUUACAGAGUGACGGCGUGCAGCAGACAACCUACCUCGCCCAGCAGUACUGCCACGAGGCAGUAAGAGAGAUCAGGAAGCUUAGACCAUCUACAGAAAGGGACGCCCUCAUUCAGCUUUCAGAAAGUGUGCUCACAAGAGAUAAAUGACAAUUCUUUCAGUUCUUUCUGGCAGCUAUUUUACCAGACUGUGCCUAAUGAAUUUUGUGAAAAACUAUUUGCUUCACAUGCAGAUAACCAAAAAUCAUUUUAAAAAAUAAUUUCAACCUUAUUGAUGGGCAAUUUUUUUAUUGGCAAAGUUUUUCAGAAAACUUUUUAAAUGUAAUUAAACCAGUGUCAUUAUAGUCCUAUAAAUUCUAAUCGAGGUAUCCUGAUGGUUAUAUGUGGUAUUGUUUACACUGUUAAUGCCCACAUGUAAAGCCAUUACACAAAUAAAUAAUCAACGUUAAAAUUCAAGUGGUUUGUCUUUGUUUUACCAUAGGAUUAAUGGUCAGAGAAUUUUGAAGUCUGUACUAUUUAAAUCCACAUUAGUUAUAUUUUAACAAUAUCCAAAUUUUUCGUAUAGGAGCAUAGUUUAUUAUAAAAGACUGUAGAUAAAAUUUAGACAACAGGUUAUUUACAAAUGAAGAAAACAUUCUGCUUCAAAAAGAAAAAGCAUAAUAUAGCUAUCUGAUCACUAAUGACAUAGUACUUCAAAAAUAACAAAGGUAAAAUAUAUAUGGAAUAGUUGAUUUGAUAGGAACAAUGAUCUUUAAUUUUCAGAAAUAUUUGCACUGCUCUCAUCACUUACUGUGCUGUCACACAUCUGUAUCCCUCAAUACAUAGAAGCCCACACCUGUGUGAUCUACUUUAAUAUCCUAAGCAGUACAGUCUUACAUACAAGACAGGUAUCCCUCAAACCCUCCCUUAAAUCAAGGAGACACACAAAGUGCAUGUGUUGCAUUUAAGUUGCAAUACAAACCUGCUUAUUACCUGUUUACAGAUUAAUACAUGGCCUAGUUUCUUUCCCAAUUAUUGUUAAAAUUUUAUGUUUCUAGUGCCAGGCAAUGGAUUAAAUAUGCCUGGCCACAAAUGAACUGCAUCCAUCUUUACAAUAUGUAAAAGAUUUUCCUUUCACUGAGUCAGUGUAAUUUCAGUUUCACUAAAAUCCAAAGGACAAGUGUGGUACUCCUUCAGAUGUUACACCCCCCCACCCCCCACCCCAGAAUAUCAUGUGCUUACUCUGACACAGUCUAGCUCCAAAAUCUGCAAAAUUCUGUUGCAUUGCUGUUUGGACACAUUAAGAUUAAGCUAAAAAUAUUUUCAAGCUGAUGUAUUGAGAAAAUAGAACCAUAAUUCUGCAAUAAAUCUUUUUUAGGGGGUGGGGGGUGUGCAUGCAUAUGCACACGCACACAUGAUUAAAGCAAACCAGUAAAGGAGAGGACAAAAUCCUUUGGUUCACUUAUGUAUUUAUGAAUGGAAAAAUUUAUAAUGCAAAUUUCACCCAUUAAAAAACUUAGAUACAAAUUACAACAUUACAGAUAGUCUUUCAUUUCACAUGAAGAAUUUAGAGACUCUAGUAUGAGUACUCCAGAUAAUUGUUACACAAAUUGGAAGCAUCUUGAGUUGUUAAGUAUAUUUCAAUACAUAAAAAUUUAUGCAUGCUUUAAACACUAUUUUUUUUAAAAACUGAGAAUUGAAACCAAAAGUCUGACCAGCACCAGCACUGAAGUUCUCUGGUUUCCUAUCAGUCUGAUACAAUGUUAGUGACCAUGCUGCACUGAGACAUGUAACGGUACAUUCUGAACCAUGAUUUGUUAAACGUAAUAACCCACAUCCCCAGAAUUUUUAGGCUGGUCAUAAAUUUAUCAAGGUGUGAGUACAUACGCAUAAUCAAUUAUAGGCAGUCUGAUAUAAAUUGCUCUUCAGCAAUGUCUGAACUGCCUCCAAAAUUUAUGCUUACAGGUAGACAUCCAAAUAUACCAAUAAAACAUGUCCUGAAAAUAUGGGCACAUUUUAAACAUUAAAACAAUCCUGUUAACCAUACAGUCCCACAGUAUGACGGAGUAAUAA